CCUGGAUACUGAUAUUGAAUGUAAAACUAGCAUUGCGACUAUACGUAAAGUAAUAUUUUAUGAUAUUUUGUGAACGCACGUAAGCUAAAGAACAGAAUCUUAUCAAACUUUGGUCGUUCGGAAGUAUUUAAUUUAAGAUGAGAUCUAAGGUAUUCUUCACACAUAUAUGUUUUCGACGUGGUAUUAGCGUAAAGAAAUUUAUUUAUUUGGUGUUAUCUGUAUCCGCGCUGAUAUUGUUUAUUUAUUCCUACAAUCAUUCAGAACUGAUAUCGAGUGAUAGACCGACCAGUGGUUCCGGCUCAAAAUUAUGGCAACCCACAGGAAACGUAGGCACACAAAUUGGCGAAACGUAUACAAAAGAGGAUAGAAAGAAGGUUAUUCUUGUCGCAUAUCCUCGAAGCGGAAGUACGUUUACUGCGGAUGUUAUUCGGGCUAACAGUGAUGUUUUGUUUAUAUUUGAACCACUUUUUACAUCGUUGAAAAAACACAUAGGAAAACCUUUUCUAGUAACAGAAAAGAAGGUAUAUAAAAGAACAAAAACAAAUAUGACCACAUUUGAAGAAGAAGUGAAGAAAGUAAUGAAGGCGUUUUUAAACUGCGAUUCUAGUUUAGCUGACUUACCCCUUCGUGUUUUACAAAAUGAAGUUUUAGAAAUUCGUGAAGACACAUUUCCAUUAUUUGAUUGUGCCAGAAACAUAACCAAAUAUAACCAAACUCUUAUGUCACAUUGCGCGGAGAAAUAUAUAAAAUUAUGUGAACAGCGGAAAGUUAUCCUAGCAAAGGUCAUUCGGUAUCCAUCUGAAAUCCUAUACAACCAAAUGAAGAACGAUCCUAAUUUGUAUGUAGUGUAUUUGGUGCGCGACCCCAGAGGCAUCAUGUCAUCCCAGAUGACUAAUUUUCAAAACUUCGAGUGGGAAACAAUUCGUCGUGCAUCAAAGGAGUUUUGCACUUUAAUGGAGAAAGAUAUUCAAGUAAUGGAGGAUCUACACGACCUGUAUCCAGACAGAGUUAAGUUUAUUCGAUAUGAAUCUCUAGCGACCAACCCUUUGGGUGAUGCUAGAGAUAUUUACAAUUUUCUUAAAUUAGAUUUAACAAAAAAUGCUAUAAAUGUAAUAAAAUUGCAGACUGCUUCCAAUAGAACAAGUUGUGAUGUAGGCUGUACUUUGCGCAGAAAUUCCAAAAAUGUGCCAUAUCAAUGGCGGAUUCGUGCCAAUUUCACAUACAUACAAAAUAUAGACCGAGUUUGUGGCAAUUUGUAUGCAAAAAUGUGCUAUGUUCCUGUUAAAAGUAGCAAUCACUUAAAAAACAUGUCAAUUUCGUUGAUAAAACCGUGUGUAAAAUAUGGUGUUAAUAUGUGAUAAUCGAUGUAGGCCUUGUGUCGGUUGGUUUAAAAUACCCAUCUGCUCACCUGUCUAACCACCGCCCCAGACUUACGUUAGGCCACAAUCUGGAAGACGACAGAGGAAAAUGGAGCGGAGUACGACUUUUUACACUUAUC